AUGUUGUACAUCAGGAAUGCUUUGAGACCUUCGCUGACCCGCAUGUUUGUGGCUCGUAAUGCUUCUUUGCAUACCCUUCCCGAGCUGCCUUAUGCCUACAACGCUCUCGAGCCCCAUAUUUCCGAGCAGAUUAUGAAGCUGCACCACACGAAACAUCACCAGACAUACGUCAAUGGAUUGAACGCUGCUGAAGAAGCGUACGCUAAGUCGAAGUCAGUGACGGAGAAAAUCGCUUUACAGUCUGCUCUCAAGUUUAACGGUGGCGGCCACAUUAACCACUCACUCUUCUGGAAAAAUCUUUCCCCCGUCAACGAGAACGGUGGUAAGUUGUUUGAAGGGCCCUUAAAAGACGCUUUGGAGCGCGACUUCGGAUCUGUGGACGGGUUCAAAAAAAGAUUCAACGCUGCUACUGCCGGGAUACAAGGCAGUGGUUGGGGAUGGCUUGGCUAUAAUCGGGACACGCAAAAGCUCGAGAUUGCAACGACGGCUAACCAGGACCCUCUCAUGUCGCUAACUCCGAUCAUCGGUGUUGACAUCUGGGAACAUGCAUUCUAUCUCCAGUAUUACAAUGUGAAGGUGGACUAUCUCAACGCCAUUUGGAAUGUCAUCAACUUCAAGGAGGCGGAAUGCAGGUUCUUGGAGGCCACGAAGUAA